CGCAUACCGUAUCGCCCGAGGGCAUAUCCCCCUCCCGUUUCGCUCUCACCGUGGAGCUUCUCUUAUCUCCCCUCUCGCUCUCUCGCCUCUCCGCUCCACGGACCACUCCUCCCACUGGACGCAUGGACUCUCGCCCAGCGCUUCCUCCCCACCUCCGCCUCCUCUCACCGCGCCUCCCGCCUCUCUGCCCCGCUCGAUGCCGCCGCGGCCAGAUCAGCCGCCUGCUCUCCGCGCUCCCUUCCCCGUCUCCGUCCCCCACCCCGCACUCGCGCUCGCAGCAGCAGCGCGCCUCCACCGCGUCGCUCGAGCACGCGCCCGGCCCCUCCUCCCUCGAGCAGCAACAGCAGCAGCGUCCCCGCGGCGGACCGGCGCUCGCGGCGGAGGUCGCGCGCCUCGCCGCGGCCCGCGAGCGCCUCCGCGCGGCGCGCUCCCUCGACGACAAGCUCCGCGCGCUCGACGCCGAGCCCCACGUUGCGGGUUUCUUCAGCGAGGCGACGAGGGGCGGCGUUAUGGGUGUUCUCAAGCCCCGCGAGGUGUACCUGCUCAAAUGCCUCGUCGCGGCAGGCCAGGAUCACGUGCUCGGCAUGGAGCUCGACUGGGCCGGCGGCAGCUACGAACGCCACCGCAACGGGGGCGGUGGUGGUGGGAGUGCUCUGCGAGAGGCGCUGUAUAGCUUGGCCGGUUUGGUCGGGAAGUGGAGCUCCGAGGGAGUGGUGGGUGACCAGGCGACGAGCGGCGAGAUGGAGCUGCUCCGACAGCUCCUCAAGUUUCUCGGAGACAUCGAGGAAUUCUACGACUGCAUUGGAGGCAUCAUCGGCUAUCAAAUUAUGGCAUUGGAGCUGCUUUCAGCCUCGAAGUCGAAGGAGAGUAAGCACCGGCAUAGCAAAGACAAGUUUGUCGACUUCCAUGUUCCCAGUGGAGUUAAUCUAUUGGAGGAUACAGAAUAUGCAUCUCAAGCUGCUCUAUGGGGAAUCGAGGGAUUGCCAGAAUUAGGUGAAAUUUAUCCAAUUGGUGGUGCCGGCGAUCGUCUUGGUUUAGUGGACUCGGAUACCGGUGAAUCCCUUCCUGCCGCUUUGCUUCCUUACUGUGGGAGAUCUCUGUUGGAAGGACUGAUACGAGAUCUGCAGGCUAGGGAGUUUCUCCAUUUCAAGAUCUUUGGGAAACAAUGUAUAACACCUGUGGCAAUCAUGACAAGCUCUGCGAAGAAUAAUCACGCGCAUAUAAUUGAGAUCUGUGAAAGACUUCAAUGGUUUGGUAGAGGUCGUGAGAAUUUUCGCUUGUUUGAACAGCCUUUGGUACCUGUAGUAAAUGCCGAGGAUGGUAAAUGGCUAAUCAGCAAAUCACUUAUCCCUGUGGGUAAACCCGGUGGUCAUGGUGCUAUUUGGAAACUUGCUUGCGAUAGAGGUAUAUUUCAAUGGCUUUAUCGUCAUGGCAGAAAAGGUGCAACUGUUCGUCAAGUCAGCAAUGUUGUUGCUGCAACUGAUUUGACACUGAUGGCACUGGCAGGAAUAGGCCUGCGUCAUAAUAAGAAAUUAGGUUUUGCAUCUUGUGAGCGAAGACCAGGUGCUACUGAAGGGGUGAAUGUUCUUAUUGAGAAAGAGAACUCGGAUGGGCUAUGGACAUAUGGUAUUACUUGCAUUGAGUACACUGAAUUUGAAAAGUACGGCAUACCAGAACCUACAGCGAUUAAUGGAAGUUUGCAGGCUAACUAUCCAGCAAAUACGAACAUUCUAUAUGUUGAUCUGCAAGCAGUGGAGGAAGUUGGAUCGUGCAAAAAUGCCAGUUCCUUACCAGGGAUCGUACUGAAUUUGAAAAAGUCAGUGUCUUAUGUGGAUCAUCUGGGCUUUGAGUGUAGUGCUGCUGGUGGCAGGCUAGAGUGCACGAUGCAAAAUAUAGCAGAUAAUUUUGUGAACAUGUAUAGCUACAGGUGCAGCAAAGGAAUAGAAAGUGAGCUCGACACAUUCAUUGUGUACAAUGAAAGGAAAAGAGUCACUUCAUCAGCUAAAAGGAAGCUAAAAUCAGAAGAUAAAUCAUUGCACCAGACUCCAGAGGGUUCACUCCUUGACAUUCUGCGUAAUGCUCAUGAUCUCCUUUCUAGCUGUAGGAUAGAGGUUCCCAAGGUCAAAGACAACAAUGAGUACUUGCGUUCUGGGCUACCAUUCCUCAUAUUUCUUCAUCCUGCUUUAGGUCCAUUUUGGGAUAUCAUAAAGCAAAAGUUUGUAGGUGGCUCCAUCUCUAAAGGUUCAGAACUGCAAAUAGAGGUGGCGGAAUUUCUCUGGAAAAAUGUUGAGCUGGAUGGAAGUCUUAUUAUUGUAGCUGAUAACAUUAUGGGUUCAACCAAGAGGAACACUCAUGGUGAACAAAUACUGCACUAUGGUGCCAGGUCUGGGAGAUGCAAGCUGCAAAAUGUUAAAAUUGUGAACGAAGGCAUCAACUGGGGUUCUCCCAGUAAUGUCUAUUGGAAGCAUGAUGUUGAAAGAUCAGAAUCUUUGAAGAUUAUUCUUCAUGGCAAUGCAGAAUUUGAGGCAAAAGAUGUUCUCUUGAAGGGCAACAAUAUGUUUGAAGUACCCGAUGGUCAUAGAAUGUGCCUCAUUCAGGACAAAGCAGGUUUUGCUGUUAAGUUAGAUCCUAUAAGCAAUGAAUCGAUGGACAGCGGAACCUGGUAUUGGCAAUAUAGGGUAGAUGGUGCCCAAGUGAAGUUGAAUAUCGUAGACCUUUAAGGAGAUAGUAUCAGCUGUAGAUUCUUGAUUCAUUGAUUCCCGGCUAGGUAAAUUAUAUGAAGAGCACGCAUGCCUAAUAGAUUUGGUUAGAUAAAGUCCAGCUUCUAGAUGCUGUUGUAGAAGAUAAAAGAGCCUACUUAGAUUGUUGUACAGUGGACUGCAUAUUGAGGUCAACUAUAUUCAGCCUAUUCACUUCAGUUUUCAAGGAGGGAUGUACAUACAAGAUGUUUAUUGAUGUCGAGGAGAAUACCCGUUCUCCCAAAGAUCUGAAAGAACUUUGCUCCUAGUUGGCUCU